AUGAAGGGAUCAGAUCAAAACAAAGCUCUUUGCCCCAACUGGGACUUGUGCAAUUUUAUUGUUGAAACUGCAACUCGAGAGGAUAAUUGCAAAUUAGCUUUUGAUGGCCUGGAGUAUAUGGGUACGUGGAUUGUAAAGGGUGAACGUCAAAGACCCCCUUUAUUUCUGUCUGUAGAUGAAGACUCUGGUCAAGAAGCUGAAGAAUUGUUCUGCCCAUUUACUUCAUUACAUCCAUUGGUUAUGGCAUGCUCCAAGAAGGGUUUUGAGACUCUAGAUAAUGAUAUUGGAUAUUCCAUUUUGGAAGCUUAUUCCAGAGUUCUAGCAAAUUUAGCCUUCAGCAUCCUGUCUAGAAUAGGAGAUAUAUUGCAGGAGGAUUCUUCAAGCAAUCCUUCACCUUUGGCGAUAGAUUGCUCUCGUGGGAUAAAUUUCUCUCACACUUGGGUGGUUGGUUCACAUUUGAGGCAGUCCUUAGAGCCUCAACUGGUGGACCCCACCCCUCUCCCUCCCAACCCGUCUCCGGCAGCCUCCUCUACCAGCAAAACUGGCGCUCCCCUCUCCCUCUCCAACUCGCUCGCCCCCGUCGGUUUAAACAACCGUGCCUCCUUCAACCCCCUCGACCCUCACGUGUUCUUCGACUUCUUUGAUGACUGCAUGGCCUAA